AUGGAGCGAGUCCGUAGAGCAGUCAGCAGGGCUUUUUCAUCAGUGUCAUCCCGCAGAUUUUUGAAUGGUCUGAGACGUCGCCUCAGAGGUGGAAGGAGUCAAGGCCGUGGUUCGAGCACCACAGCACCAGCAGAAGAACCUCCUCUGGCUCGCUCUCUUCCUCCAGAGGCUAAAGAAGAGGCAAAGGACAACUUACCUGCACGUGCUGUCAGUCCAGGGCCGGAGCAUCUGGAACCAGCCCCAGCAGGAGAGAUUCUUGCCAGUCAGGACUGCUGGGCCCAGGCAGGAGAGGCGGAGCAGCAGGAGAGCAUGGAUAGAGUGUGCGAAGCCCGGGAUUUCAGAUGGGAGCAGUUGUCUGCCCUUGAGAGAAAGCACCACUCCUCGCUAGCCCGGGCCUUUGAAACGUCAGCAGAGACAGCGGAGGAAUUGCAGCCUCACAGGGAUCUGCUGAAGGAAGAGGUUCCUCUGGCGGUGCCAAAGGUUUGCCGCCCACAGGGGCCGUCCCCCAGGGUUCUGGAGAGGCUGCUCCAGGAGUCCUCUCGCCAAGGGGACACGCUGUCCCAGGUGUGCAGAGAGGAAACGGUGCUGGCACAAGAGAAGGCUGCCCUGGAAGCCCAGCUGCCAGGCACGGAGCGGAAGCUACGAGGCCUUUCCAAGCAGCUGGUAGAGACCAGGUCAGUGAAGGAGAGCCUGCAAAGCAGCCUGCAGGCGGCUCAGCGGCGCAUCUCGGAGCUGGAGAUGGCCAGGAGCUGUCUGGAAGGCCAAGUUCGCACAGCCACGCAGGCCAAGGAGGUGAUACUUGAGGAUGUGAGGGGCCUUGGUCGUGAGCUGCAAGCUGUAAGAUCUCUCAGCAAGCAGCAAUGUGAAGAAAUGGCCCAACAGCUCCGCAGGAUGGAAGAGCAGUACAUCAAGGCUCUCAGACUCUGGCAAUCUGCUCAGGAAGAGGAAAAAAGGAAGCUCCAGGAAAACUUGGAGAGACAGCUGGAACAACAGCGUUUGGAGGCGCAGCAGCAGCUGGAGGAACAGGCAAACCUCGUGGCAGAGCUCCAGCAUCAGAAGGCUGCUGUCUUAACCAGAAUGCACCAGAUGGAGAGAAAGCUAAUCCGAAGCCAGCAGCAAGUCGAGCAGCUGAGGCUGGAGCUGAGUAAGGAGCGGGAGAAUGGGCAGAUGGACACAGGCUCUGCAGCAGCGUCCUCCAAAGAAGGAGUCUCCCCUCUGCAGCCUGAAAACUCGAGCAUGGACAGUUCAUGCUGGUCAAGCCAGGAGAGAGAGAAGCAAUGCCUGAAGAUGCUGAGGAGCAUUGUGAGCAUGGCAGAUCCAGCAGAGAAAUACACUGGCUGGCAACAUAUUGGCAGUGGGUGAGUGCAGCCACACUUCCUUCUACACAACUAUGGGCCAGGUAUUUUGGUGGUGCAGUAUCAAGUGGGAAGUCAGGCAAGCUGCAAGCAUCUUCAGAGCCCGGCUUUAGAUUGUCCCUGUCUCAGUACUGAUCACAUGGCAUCAUCAAAGAUAACUGGAUGCUGCCAAAGUCUUGCCUGCUUUAGGGAGCAGCACCUGGAAGCCCUCCUGUCCCUCAAGCGUGUGGCACCAGUUUGCUUGUUUUCCUAGGAAACUUGGUUUUGUAUGAGUCAAAGUAAGACGGCCACACUAAGGAAGGAAGCAAAACCUGAGAGAGAGCUUCCCUCCUGAUAGCUGUCAGAUAACAGCUGUUUUCUUUCCAAAAUCUUGCUGAAAACAAUAUUCAGUGGUCAGGACACUAAGAAGGGCUGUGUGGUGUUGCCUGAGUUUAACGGAUAGAAUCAAGAGAGAGGUGAGAAGGCCCAACAGGCCUACGUGUUUCAUUGCCUGGAAAGGCACACCACACGCACAGACACAGAAAGGAAAAGGCAAAGAAA